AAGCAGAAGACACACUCUACAAAACUUCGAGCAAGCGCUAUCGCUAUGUGUUUGCAUAGUAACAUCUUUGAAAAUUUCUUGUCGCUGUUCUCAACUGCUCUCUACUCUUCCUCUUUAUUUUGACAAUCCUCAAAACACAACUCUGAGUCAGAUGCCCUAAGACUCCCUCCGUACGGGCAGGUUAAAAGCCGUGUUCGCAGUUCGCUCGCGCGUACAAGAAUCACGUGGUGGCAGUGGUGGCCACCCACGUUUGUGGGUAAACAAGGAACCAAAGAAGACAGAAAAUAUUUGAGCGUGUGCGGGGAGCGGUAGGAGUCGGGCGAGUAUACACGUUCGUCGUUGUCUCAGUCGUUGUGCUUGUGACUUUUGGUGCCGUCGCCUCGUCAAGGAGGGCCGGCCAUAUUCGCGCCGUGUUGUGUGUGAGUGCAGAAAACACAGUAAAAAGGCAAAAAGGGCUCUGGCUCUCUUCCGUCUCGUGCUCGACCACGAUGUCCACGUACUCUCGAACCCAGGAAAGCGACGCGUGGGCCCUUUUGGCUCUCAAAUCUGCGCCGGCAAGUCCCACGAAGAUGCAGUUCCAUCACCAAGAUGCACCGAUUGCAAGACUCGAGGGUCGCGAAUUCGAGUACAUGGUGCGUCAGCGGCGAAUAACCAUCGGACGUAACAGCAGUAAGGGCCAAGUGGACGUCAAUGUGGGCCAUUCUAAUUUCAUCUCCAGGCGCCACCUCGAGGUCUACUACGACCAUCCUUACUUUUUCAUGACCUGCAACGGGAAAAACGGGGUCUUCGUGGAUGGGGUUUUCCAGCGCAAGGGAGCACCCGCUUUUCAACUGCCAAAGACGUGCACAUUCAGAUUUCCGAGUACAAACAUAAGGCUUGUCUUUCAAUCUCUGGUGGACGAACAGGAACAAGGCAAUGUCCGCGUGCCGUCUCCUCCAAGGCAAAGAGCUCCACUUCCACCUCUUCGCAUAAAUAUCCCCGACACGGGUUACAGCAGUCCAUUCCCAUCUCCCACGGGGACAAUCAGUGCUGCCAAUUCUUGUCCAGCGAGUCCGCGUGCUGGACAAGGCAGGAGAAAUAUAUCCGCGGACCUGCAGAUGGUCGCAGCUUAUGCCGCAGCAGUCGCAAAUGACCCACAAAAUUCCGGGAUCGAGAGACACGAGGGUGGACAAAGUACAAGCAGGCAGAUGAGCCCGGAACCUGGAGCGGAACCACGUUAUCGAGGCGGAGGAGGCGGAAGCUCGGGUGCAAAUGGAACUUCCGCUCGUUAUAGCCCCCCAAAAGAUGACUCGAAGCCACCUUAUUCCUAUGCCCAACUCAUUGUCCAAGCGAUAGCCUCUGCUCAGGACAAGCAGCUUACGUUGUCAGGCAUUUACUCUUACAUCACCAAGAAUUAUCCGUAUUACCGAACAGCCGACAAGGGCUGGCAAAAUUCGAUUAGACACAACUUGUCCCUGAAUCGCUACUUUAUCAAAGUACCGAGGAGUCAGGAGGAACCGGGAAAAGGUUCCUUCUGGAGGAUAGAUCCCCAGUCAGAGGCAAAACUUAUCGAACAGGCAUUUAGACGAAGAAGACAGCGAGGCGUUCCUUGCUUCCGAGCACCUUUUGGAUUAUCUUCCAGGAGCGCACCAGCAUCUCCUUCACAUGUUGGAAUCAGCGGCUUGAUGACGCCCGAGUGUCUCAGUAGAGAAGGUUCACCUGGACCGGAAUCCUAUCCGGACAGCUCAGUUCCAUCUCCGGCUGGACAACUUACGAGUCAAUCCGCUCCGGGAUCUCCUGGCCAUCCUUAUGUUCCGCCUCCUCAUAAGGGUAGGCUGAUGCAACAAAUUACAGUCGUUACUAAUGGCGUCAAUAACGAUUCUGCUAGGGAAGGUAAUGCAUUUCACGAUUUUAUGGAUCAUAAGAUAUCUUUAUCAGCAUUUUUGACUUUUAUUCUGGGGAUUUGCUUUGCAGAUAAGUACUUGGUGCCUGGGAACGUAGUGGAAGAGCAUUCAUUGUCUCCGGCUGGGCAAUAUAGUCCAGCGCCUGUUAUUGUACAAACGACUUAUAAUUACAGCGGGAGCUUCAUUGGUCCUGACGCAGGCGUCGGGGUGGGCAAACGUGCUCAUGAGGAGCCAGACAGCUCGCCAGGUUCACCGGCACCACUAGCAAUUGUUGAGAGUCCUGAGCCACCCGAGCAUCAACAGUCGCAGUCGAAACGUCAACGCGUUCACGAUUCAGAUGAUCACUGAACUGUUCCCCUAGACUUUUUCUAUGUAGGAUAUUGUUAUAUUAAUUCACGUAUCGUCCGAUGAAUCGUCCGCUUUUCUUCCACUCGAUAUUGCAGACUACAAUCUUCUAAUCUCUACAAAAUUGUUUCACAGACUCACUUUCUUCACUUCUAGCAAUCUAAUCAAUAGAACUUGUUUUUUUAUAGAAUGUUAAAUGUACCCAAAGUUGGCAAAAAUUUCGAGUUUUGCACUACAUUCUCUACUCUAGAAAAGAAAAGAAAAGAAAAAUAUGUCUGCCCUUGAAAGAAAAGCGAGGGAUUCAUCGCGAGUAUUGCGUAGAGCCCUUACCCACGAUUAUUCUCUGCAAGCGAUCAAGUUGUUAUAAAAAAAAUCAUAACUCCUGAAGUCGGUUUCACGUGCAUGUGAUGUUUACCGAAACAUUUACACAUUCAGACACAUUCACAUCAAACUCUCAUCCCCCUUUUCCUGGCGCUGUGCUCGUUGGAAAUUUCGCGCUUAAACUAGACUUAGAUCUUAGUUUGAGGCGCGAAGUCAUCUUGUCAAUACGAGUGAAAACGUAGUAGUUAUGUGCACGGUGAACUAUUCAUAGCGCUUGUCGACCGUUUAUAGACUCUGUUAGCUCAAUCUGGUUUACCGGAAUGGUGUACCCAGACGCACUGACGAAAGACUCGCAGAUGCUUCUUUUGGUCUCGCGGGACUCUUAUUUUAGCGCUGCUUUCACUCGCAAAUUUUAAGAGCCUCGUACAAAAAUCCCUUCUCUCAUUUAAAAUUCAUGGAUUUUAAACGGCAGAAUUUCCCUCCGGAUUUUCGUCGCUCCCGCUUCAAACAUUUUUUUUCGGACGAUUCCGAAAGAACAUAGACCCCCGCUUUCUCGUUCAUUUUAUGACCAAUUUUAAGGUUUCCAGUUGGUGCCAACGUUUUCAUAAUGUGCCUGUCUGCUCAGCAACACGAGAAAUUAAUUUUUAUCUGUGCUCACGAAAAAGCGUCAUAUUUAUUUUUCUUAGGUUCUCUUGAAAAGAGGUAAACUAGUUUAGUAUGGAAAUUUGUUUUUGGCAAAGAUAUUACCAAAAAAUGGAAAAAUUGAAGAAAAAAAGAAAAGAAAACGAAAAGAGAAAAUAUAUUUUGUAUUUCGCAGACAACGCUUGCUCAGAGGCGACUCUUCAACAACGUGAAUCACAUUUUCGAAUGUAUUGAUAAUUGGUUGAUUCCUGACACCAAACGUUAUCUAGGUCUCUAGAUAAUCUGCCAAACAUUUAGACUUGAAACAGUUUUUUUGGCUUUUAAUAAAUAAGUCCAACGUGACACACAAGUUAGUAAUUUCAGAAAAAGAAUUCGCUUGUACGAUGUACCUCACCCAGUGUUCUAGUUUUCAUUUACGCGCUAAACGAUCAAACUUAUUUACACUAGACAGAAUCGUGAACUCGGUGAAAUUUUUUGUGAUUUCUGACAACAUGGGGAUGAGACAUUUGCGUGACUUUUUUGCCAAGUGAACUUGUUAAAUGUUGAGAAUUUUCUUUCUCAGCUCGGAAACUAGCCAGUUUUUUACCUCAAGGUAUAAACUUAAUUGAAGUGUUUUAAAGAAAAAUAUUUUCAAAUCAACGACAGUUUUAUAAAUCUUUUAAGAGGUGAACAUUUGAUACUUUGGCAGAAGAAAUCAGUUGCAAAUGUGCGAGAAAAUGUCAUGACCGGAGAAAAGGAUCAAGUUUCAAUUCGAGUCAACGAACUUGUUCGAAAUUCUCACUUCUGACCAAAGUCCUGAAUCCCCGAUCCCGAUGUUUUUCGAUAUUUCCUAAUUGUACUAUAUAGAAAUAAAAAUAUAUACUUAUAUAUACACACACUCAGUUGUGUGCGUGUGUGUGUCAAUGAUUAUAUAUUUACAUAUAUAUAUUAUAUUAUAUAUAAAAAAUAUAUAUUAUGAAUAUUAGGUUUAAAAAAAUAGGGAGCUUCAAGUGCUCCCUCUUAUACUAGGUCCCGAGAGAGUGAAAGAGAAAAACGGAAGCUUCGAGCUUUGUUCCCUUUUUCUCUUCUCCCCCCCUACUUCCUGAAUCAAUGGAAGACCUCAGGAAGCGAUAUUUAAAAAAACGUGCGACGCAUUGUCGUGUAUUAUAAUGUUAUAAUUUUUCGCAGGCAAACAGGCCUUGAUCGAGUUUUUUUUUGUAGAAAAAUUUAUAAUGCGCUAAGCGAACUAUAUUUUUAUGACAAGGAGAAAAGUCACGAAGAGGAAAGUGCGCUCGAUGAAGCGCAAAUUGUAUAAUUAUCUAAAGUUUAAUAAUUUAUGUUAACUGUGUAACGUAUAAGGAUCGGCUGCUGAUUAUGAUCUCCGAUUAUUGUUCUAAUAAAAGUCGAAGCCGAUCGCUGUCGGUCCUCCAUUUUUACGAAGACGGUGUUGAAUUCGAAUACUUACUAACUUUGACAAUUCUAAUCUAAAAAGAGUUUCGGGAAAUGCGAUUUUCCCACCGUCAACUGGGAAAUUCGCGUUUCUUCUAUAGGAAGCGUCAGUAUUUAAUUUGAAACAAAGGGAAAUAAUUGUUUAUAUUUUAUACGUGGAUGAAGCGACAAGUUGCGUGAAUGCCGCGAGAGUUUAAUGAAGAAAGAAAUUGACAUGUAACAGGAAGCAAGAUUGUACUAUUUGAUUAAGAUUACUACUCAAUUAAUUGCAUUGUUACAUUGCUUCGUUAAAUAUACAGAAAAACAAAUGUAACGGCGCUUGUACAAAAGAAAAGCAAAGUUUUACGAUUAAGUUAUGCGAUCAACCUGAAAAAAGAAAAAAAAACGACAACAAAAGAUCGACAUUGUAAAUCUGUUAGCCUGUGAAAUGAGGGACGGGAUUGCAGAAAUCUGUGUUGUAUUUUUAAAGGAAAUGUCAAUUUGUAGGUACAGUUUCCUUUAAAAGUAGGACAAGUUUGGUAGAAUAUAAAAUUAGAAGAACAUCUCGAGGAUUCGAUUUGAUCCGGUUCUUUUCUAUAUUUCGAAUUUCUCUAGUGUAUUCAGAGUUUCGUCCUGUGUGACAAAUAUUCGGUCGUGGAAUAUUGUUUCACGAUAGAAUUGUGAAGAACACUUUGAGAGACAAUUUGUGUAGCAACCAUACGUUAUCACUCGUUUGUAACAACACCAUUUUGUGGGAGAUCUAUCUCUCCGGCAAACUGCUGAGAUGCAAGCAAAUAAAUUACACAAAUCACGAACAAUUGAUGAAAGAGAAUGAAUAUUUAUUGGUUUUUUUUUCGCAGUUUAUUCAUUUGGAGUUGCUUUAUUGUUGCUAUUGCAAAGAGGCCGUAGACCACAAGCGCGAAAUUAUGAGUGAAUGAGUGAAAGGAAGAGUUGAAAGGAAGUAAGGAGAGUGGAACAUGGCUAGAACUGUUAAAAACUUGUGUGAAAGGAUUGAAUGAACGAGAGAGUGGCGACGAGGUAGAAUAACGAAGCUAGUAUUCAUUGUGGGCUUUCGGAAAAAAUUGAAGAAAAUAUAUGGAUUCCGGAUUAAAAAAAAAAAA